AUGAUCGCGCUUAAUACGCUCCUGCUGAUAGUUAUACUCCCAGCGAUCGACGCCUGGUUCGAAGGGUGCGAUCAACGAUUCCAGUUGGCACCGAACGCAGACGUUCAGUUACAAUCGCCCUUCUACCCAGGGCGCAAAUACCCAUCUGGAAGUUCCUGCCGGUAUACGUUGACCGCCCCUUUGGGGUACAGUUUGAACGUCGUCUGCACGAUCGCUAUCGAUACGCAACAGGGAUCGGCGUGCUCAACGGAGUUGUUCUACAUCUCCACGGAGGGACUGCCAUCGCUGGUGGGAAGUGAAUUUUUCUGUGGCACUGGAACAUUGACGCGAGAGUCGUUGUUCAACAAGAUGAUGAUCGCUUAUACCUCGUCCAGUACCAACAGCGGGGGGUCCUUCAACUGCAGGGUGAAAACUCAACCGCAGAGCUGUGAUUGUGGGUGGGAAAAGUGGCAGAAAAUCGUUGGGGGAAACGAGGCUGGUAUCAAUGAGUACACCUCUAUUGUUGGACUACAGGAUAAAUCUACGAGGAUUGUAUUUUGCUCUGGAGUUAUAAUUAAUUACAGAUACAUUAUGACAGCAGCUCAUUGCUUCGAUUACAACCCGAGUCCAGGAAACCUUCAAGCUCUUGUAGGCGGUCACAACUAUCGCAUUGAGUUUGAUACACCCUACUCCGAGCUGUACGACAUCGAGCGCAUCGUUAGACACGAAAAAUACAUCCAACGAACGUAUGACAAUGAUAUUGCCAUUCUGCGGACAACCGUGAACAUGGAAUGGAACCGUGGCGUUGGUCCAGUGUGUUUACCUUUCAACUAUUGGUACUAUGAUUUCAACAAGCUUCAGGUGGACAUCGCCGGAUGGGGCACAACCAGCUUCGGGGGUCCAAGUAGCACAACCCUGAAGCGCGCAACACUGGAUGUAAUUGCCAAUAAGGAAUGUAACGUGCAGUAUGUGAAUGUUAACAAGAUUUGCGUCCACACACCUGGCAAAGACACCUGUCAGCUUGAUUCCGGUGGACCGUUGUACCUGCGUGGAAUGCAACGUAUGUAUACGAUAGGAAUUGUUAGCUACGGUGGGGCAUGUGGCACUGGUAAUCCAUCGGUUAAUACUAGAGUCAGUGCGUAUUUGGAUUGGAUCCAGAACAAUACCAGGGAUGCCGCCUAUUGUGUGAAAUGAAAUGUGUGAGGUACAGAUUUGGUAAAUGUAUUGUAUUUUGACUAUACUGAUGCGAUACGUCGCUCACUAUUGAAGCGAAGCUAUCAAAUAUCUUUUUCACCGAUAAAAUAUGAUCUCAAUAUCUAUUAUAUUUAUGUCAAUAAAAAAUAAGAAAU